AUGGCCAGCAUCAGCAGCAGCAUCAGCAGCAGCAUCAGCAGCAGCAACAGCAGCAGCAGCGCAACAAAUGCAGCCAGCAGCAACGCAACAGCGCUGCCCUCACUAUUUGCCGGCAGCAAUAGCAACAGCAGCAGCAGCGCCGUCGUUGCCGCCAACGUCGCCGCAGCCGCCGCCGCCGCCGCCGCCAAAGAUAUGGACGGACUGAUUGCCAUCAAUGAUAGCGCAUUAUCGCAACAAAUCGAAUUUAUACUACAAGAUGCUCCCAUGGAGCAGGAUGACGAGCAACAGCUGCAGCUCAAUAUGGCAGCGGCAGCAGCAGCGACGGCGGCAGCAGCAGCAGCGGCGGCGGCAGCGGCAGCGUCGAAGCUCGACAACCACCCACCGACAACAAAUGCAACAAUAACGACAACAACAACAAACAGCGCUUCCGCCUACAUCAACCAUAACAACAACAACAACUUGCUGCAACAACAUCGCGCCCAACAACAACAGCAACAACAACAACAGCAGCAGCAGCAGCAGCAGCAGCAACAUCAUCUGCUGAACGGGCGACGCAUCAUUAUUCAAUCGACAGGCAGCGGCGCCACCUCUGUCCUGGCGGCCAGCGACAUCAAGGAGGAGCAACAGGAGCUGGAGGACGAGCCGGAAGAGGAGGAGGAGGAGGAAGAUCCGGAGCUAAACGAUGAGAAUCUGCAGGACAUCGAAGAGGAGGCGCAGGCAGCCGAAGCUGAUGAGGAGCCCGAAACGGCGACACAUUUGCAACAUCAUCAUCAUCAUCAGCAGCAGCAACAACAGCAGCAACAACAACAGCAACAACAUCAUCAUCAUCAACAACAACAACAACAACAACAUCAUCACCAGCAACAACAACAACAACAUCUGCAGCAGCAACAUCUGCAGACGCAGGUCAAACUGGAGCUGGACGAUAUGCCCGAUGAUGAGGAGGAGGAGGAGGAGGACGAGGAUGAGCAUAUGCAGCAGCCCGCACAGCAACAACAACAGCAACAACUUGAGUCAUUGCAACAACAGUUGGAGUACUCGACAACGGCACAGCAGCUGGUGCUGCCCGCCGGCAGCAUUGUGAGCACCACAACGCGCGCUCUGGCGGUGCCCGUUUCGGAGGCGGCGCUGGUUCAGCUGCAGCGACGUCCCGUCUACAUAAGCAAUGCAACGAUGAGCAGCUUGGCGGGCGCCACAUAUGUGCGCAUGCCGGCAGCGGCUGUCAUCAGCCGCAGUCCGAUGACCGUACUGAAUGUGGUGCAGCAAACGGGCGGACCCACCGCACAGCUCAUACUGCAGGCAGCCACGGCGGCGGCAGCGGCACAGCGCCGCCACAGUCACAGUCAGCAGCAGCAGCAGCAGCAGCAACCGUUGCAGCAGCCGCAGCGCCGUCGCAGCAACGAGCAGCAGCAGCAGCAGCAACUGGCGGCGCUAGCCCUGGCACAACAACAACAGCAGCAACAGCAGCAGCAACAGCAGCAGCAGCAGCAACAGCAACAACAUCAUCAGUCCAUCAAGCCAGCGCCAGCCACGAGCAGCGUGGCAACAUCCACGACCAGCUAUCAGUGCAUGGAAUGCGUGGAGAAGUUCGAUUCAAAGGAACUCUUUGAUAUACAUCGCAGCGGGCAUGCAAACAAUAUGAAGUGCGCCAUCUGCAAUAUGGUACUGAAAUCGCUAAAAAACUAUGAGAAACAUUGCCUGCGCUGCAAGCCGUACGAGUGCCAGAUAUGUGGGCGUGUUGUGCGCUUUCGGCCAAACUUUAUAAAGCAUAUGCGCGUGCAUACGGGCCAGCAAUCGGAAAGGCAUAAAUACAAAUGCGAGGUGUGCCACAAGGAGUUCAUGAGCUUUGAAUACUUCAAAGUGCACAAGAAGAUACACAACGAGAACGUGAAUCUCACCUGCGAGAUAUGCGGCAAGGUGUUCAGUGCGCUUGCCUCGCUGCGCGGCCACUCCAAGCUGCAUUCGGGCGUCAAGCUGCACAAAUGCGAUGUGUGCGGCAAGGGCUUUGGUCAGCGCUAUAAUUUGAAAAUACAUGCGCGCACGCACACGGGCGAUUUUCCGUUUGAGUGCAAGGUGUGCAAGAAGAAGCUGCAUACACAAUCCUCGCUGCAGACGCACAUGCAGGUGCAUUUGCGGGAUCAGCCCAAAGGCAGCGCCGCCGCCGCCAUCAGCAGCAACAGCAACAGCAGCAAUGCCGCCGCCGCCGCCGCCGCUGCCAGCAGCACCAACAACAACACUAACAGCAACAGCAAUGCUGUUGCAGCUGUGUCAGCAGCCAAUGUCAAACUGGAACCGGAUCUGGAACAACCCGGCACCAGUCUGCAACAGCAGCAACAUCUGCAGCAACAGCAACAGCAGCACGAUAUGGACAUGGAUGAUCAGUCUGGCCUGAGCGAUGAGGAGACUGAGAGUGCUGUCCAUAAUUUGACCAAUAAUCGUUUAACCACCGGCGAGGACUCCUCGAAUGAGUCCUCAUCGAAUGCCUCGCUACAGCAGCCGCACUCUUCCUCAGCCAGCUCAACGCACUCGCAACAGCAGCAGCAACUGACGCAGCCGCAACAGCAGCAGCAACAGCAACAGCAGCAGCAGCAAUAUAUUGUGUCCACGCCCACGCGCACCAUUGUCAUCAAGAACUACGUGCAACAACAGCAGCAACAGCAGCAGCAGCAGCAACAGCAGCAGCAGCAAUCUUCAGAGCAGCCAACUGGCAAUGGCAACUGCUCGAGCGUGCUGCACACACAGGUCAUACAAAGCGGUGCAGGCACCAGCAACGGCCAUCACAUCAUCAACGCCAACAACAAUGCCAGCAACAACAACAGCAGCAGCAGCCAUACAAGCAACAGCAGCAACGGCACCAAUCACAGCAACAACAGCAGCAACAGCACCAGCAAUGUUGCAACACAAGCCACGGCCAGCAAUUUGGCGCAGCAACUGUUGCGCAAAACGCCCAUCAUACACUCGACAGGCACGCUUAGCUCCGCGCUGGCCAGCGUGGUGCAGCAGACGGGUGUUGGUUCGCCGGCGCAAUCGCCAUCAUCAUCAUCCACAUCGUGUUCCUCCACCGUGCUGGUGUCCAAGGCGACGGGUGUGCCGUUGUCGAUUGCCUCAUCGGCGGCGCUGGGCGGCUCCACAAUAAUUCGCAGCACGCGCAAUCAUCAUCAUCAUCAGCAGCAGCAGCAGCAGCAGCAGCAACAGCAGCAACAACAGCAGCAGCAGCAGCAGAGCAACUGCAGCAGUCUGCGAGUUGUGACUGGACAGCAGCAGCAGCAGCAGCGUAAUAACCACCGAAAUCACCACCGACGUCGUCAUCUGGCGGACAUGGAUGACGAUGAUGAUGAUGACGAUAAUGAUGAGGAUGAGACUAGCGCACAAUUGCGCGCUGCCACCAAUGGACAUCAUCAUCAUCAUCAUCAGCCGCAGCAGCAGCAGCAGCAGCCGCAUUCGCAGCAGCAACAGCAGCAGCAGCAGCACCUGAAUCAAAAUCAUAAUCAUGGCCAUGGCCAUAAUCACAGCCACAACCACAACCACAACCAUCAUCAUCAUCAUCACAAUCAUUUCGAUGAUGAUGAUGAUGAUGAGAAAUCAUCACCGUCCCUGGCAACAGCUGCCAUUAUCAAAGUGGAACCGAAUCUCUAUUCAUCCGGCUCCGGCGAUAAUUCCAACGACAUGUUCAUCAAAGAGGAGGUCAUGUUCGAAGAUUCAGCCGCACCACAUUCACCCCAAUCGCCGCCCAGCUCCAAGUUUCGCAUCUCGAACUUUGAUAGCGAUCUGGUUGAUCAUCAUGUCGAUCUAAAUCAUUCGCUGCCGCCAUAUGGUAACCUCUUUGAGCCGCACUCAAUACCCGACAGCAUACCCGUACAGCUCUAUCCGGAUGACGAUGAUGAUUUUCGUUUGGAUCACAGCUCGCUGGGUGGUCUGCACAAUACCUCGUCCUCGACCACCGAUGGCGAUUUCAUCAAAAAGGAAUGGGUAUACGGCAGCGGCACCAGCAGCUAUGCCAUGAAUGGUAAAUUUGAUGAUGACAGCGAUGCCCUCUGCGAUGCCGCCAAUUUUAUAUACAAUUGAGUCGAACGGCAUGACGCGGCCAUCUUCACAUGUCUACGCCAACAAACGGGAGCAGCAGCUGGGGAUGCACCUGCAGCAACAAAUUCGAAUUCUUAACGCACACACACACA